AGGGACAUUCCUAACCUCUGCCUAAAGUGCGCACUAGAAGGGCGGUGGAGCUGUGUGAUGCAUUGAAAAAGAAAUCAUCGUUUCCGUAGAUUUUAUACGCUACACGUUAAGAGUGCCUCAGACAUUAAUAUUUUUCCCUGUGCCCCGUCAAGAUGUUUCUAGCCAAAAAACUAAUUGGAGGCAUCCUGGAUGUUGUGAGCAACAUCGAUCCCAAUCAGUUUGUACCAGAUCCUCCCCCGCCACGCAGACCUCUGGCCUACGCUGAGCAGAAUGAGAGUGAUGAAGAGAGGCAGUUCCGCAAGGUGUUCCAGCAACUCGCUGGAGAUGACAUGGAGGUGAGUCCCACUGAACUGAGGGACAUCCUCAACAGGAUCAUUAGCAAACGUGGGGACCUGAAGACCGACGGCUUCAGUGUUGAGUCAUGCAGGGGCAUGGUGGCUGUCAUGGACAGCGACAGCACAGGGAAGCUUGGUUUCCAUGAGUUCAAGUUUUUAUGGAACAACAUUAAGAAAUGGCAGGCCAUCUACAAAUCACAUGACACAGAUUGCUCUGGGGUCAUCAGCUCACAUGAGCUUCCUGCUGCCUUCAACGCUGCAGGCUUCCCUCUGAACGACCAGCUCUUCCAGUUGCUAGUCCGAAGGUACAGCGAUGAGCAGGGCAACAUGGAUUUUGACAAUUUCAUAGGGUGCCUGGUUAGACUGGACUCCAUGUGUCGGGCCUUCAAAACACUGGACAAAGAUAACAAUGGAUGCAUCAAAGUCAACAUUCAGGAGUGGCUUUUGUUGACCAUAUACUCAUAAAAGAUCUGUAGAAGCCCUCAAAAAGCCUACGUUCAUCUCUACAUUCAUCAGUUCGUCAUUUUAUAAUUGUAGUUCAUAAUACCAUUGCUAUUGUAGUUCAUUACUUUUUAUUUUCAUGAAUGUUAAUUCAAGAAUUUGUCACAAGAUGGCAGCAAAACAAAAACACUGGGUCACAAAUCCACAUUAAUUCCCAUAGAGCACAAACAUUAUUUAUUUCAAGAACCCUUUCUGGAGGGCGAGGAGGCUUUUUAAGGCAAAGGGUUGAAACUAGAACUGUUAACAUCUUGAGAAUAUUUUUUUUAUUUUGGGUGAAAAUAUUGAGUAUUUAUCUCAUAUCCCCUUAAUAAUUUCACCUGUACAUUAUCGAUAUAUUUUGAGCGGACAGUAGAAUUGAAGAGCAUAUAUAAGUGAAUCAGCAGUGUAUUUUAUGGUGCACAGUAACCUAGAAUGUUUAACCGACUCUGGAUUUUUCAGUAUAACAUUUCUAAUGAUUUGGAUUGAAAUACCAUAAGUGAUGUUUCAGCUGUUUCUGUUGAACAAACUGUCCAGUGUUUUCAUAUGUUUAAGAAAAACAGUGUCAUAUAAAUGUGUCCCCUUAUCUAAAAUUUAGCAUUUUUUUUUCAAUUGAUGUUUUCAGAUCUUCAAACAAGUAAACAAAUGAUACCAUAUGUAUACUCAUUUCAUUUAUUCAAAUAAAAUUAUUCAUCACCAAUAUUAAACUGUGAGAACACAA